AGUGGGGAUAAGGCUUAACCUGGAUUGAAGCCAAGUCCAGUCACUGUGAUGUUAAAGUUUGCCAAAUAGCUCGGAUUUACGACAGUCGGAAUCGGAGAGCUCUCGUCUCUACAACCAUCAUCCAAGUUCGUGCUUUUCAAGUUCCAACACUUCCAGUCGUAGGCCAUGCACGAGCUUUAUGCUAUUUCUAUUUCCUUGGGUCUUAAUUUCAGCUGCAUUCAAUGUUUUCUCCACCGGCAAACGAUAUGACGCUCCUCGAAUUUCACGAGGAGCUGGUAGUUUCUCGCCCAGUCGCCUAAAUCGUAAUUUUGCGUGGGCUAGCACUCCUGAUGAUCAGGUAUAGGUAUAGGAUUGCAUGAUAGAGAAAGGCGAGCUUCAUGGCUUUUACCUUGGUGUAAAAGUAUCUACAGAUCUCAAAGUAUUGGAAAACAAAUAACUUAUAUCUCCAAUUACUUAGGCAAGACAUAUAUUUUGUCUCCAAAUAGGAAUUUGUCCUGGAUUUCCAUGCUAAAAUAAGCAUCCAGUCACAGAUGCAUACCUUUUAUGCGGCACACAUGUUGCCUACGAAACUCUUGUUUUCUCCAGGAUCACAGCCCCAUGAAUGAUCAUGACUCGAUUCGCCACUCUUUCAAGCGCCUAUCGGCUUUGUUUUCUUACUGGAACGCUGUGUCACUAAGAAUUCUAGGAUCUUGCCGCCUGCGUAGCAGAUAAAUACCAAGUUUCGAAAUGAUGCUCCAUUCUCGCCUUUUCAUAUCUCCUUUCAGACCGAUAAAAGCAUACCAAUGUUAGUCCGGAUAUUGCCCACAAGCAAGAUUACUCGACGGGCCACUCGUUCGGUUAUAUAAACAAAUUACAGAGAUUCAUGACCGUGCAACAACCAUGAACAUGCAAUGUUGGAGGUCCCUCAAAAUACUGCUUAAAAUGGGUUUCCCGAAAGCUGCCGAAAUCUCGAAUACGAAUGGGUAUAAAUGUUCAAGAAUUGUCGUCUUCAUUUACUCUCUAGGUCUCGUGCUCCAUUCUGUGUUUCCUCAACUUCAAAUUGAAGUCUGCUGGAACGGUCUGCAUCUUGAUGUUCAGACACCGUCAAUGUGGAUUCUUGAAGAUGAUUCGAGGCCCAAGUCCACACGGUUGCAAACGCCACACCAAUAAUGGCUACAUACGUGUUCACUAUGAACACUGUACUUGUGAUCAGCACGAAUUUUUCCGAAGAAAAGAGCAGAGCCAGUUGUAUAAUGUUGAAUAUAACGGGAAAGAUGAAAUUUGACGAGGCGAUAAAAAACAGGCCGCGCAAUUGUGUUCCGAAACUCCCUGAAAUAUACUAGGUAAAUAAUAUUGAAACAUCCAAAAUGCAUUAUUACUUACAGGUCCCGCCACCUUUGACACAAUGACACGGGAAGCGACGAAGAAACAUGACCGAGAGAAAUCUAAAAAAUCCUCCUUGUUCAAU